UUGAAUCAGAAUACUUUUUCUCUCAGAGAAUAACGGAUCAUCUGUGUUUGGUUUCUUGUUAUCUUUGUUGUGUUGUCAGCACCAUGGACAGACUGGACGCUGCCGCCUUCCUACAGAUCUGGGAACAUUUCGACCUGGAAGAUAACGGUUACAUUGAAGGAAAGGAGCUGGACGCCUUCUUUCAACACAUGCUGGAAACAUUUGGAUUGAAGAGAGAGGAGAUACAUGAGGAGAAGAUCAUCAGACUGAGAGAAAGGUUCAUGUCUGCGUACGACACCGCAGCUGACGGACGCCUGCAGAUACAAGAGCUGGCCACCAUUAUGCUGCCAGAGGAGGAGAACUUCCUGCUUCUGUUCCGCAGAGAAACACCGCUGGACAACAGCGUGGAGUUCAUGAGGAUCUGGAGGAGCUAUGACGCAGACAGCAGUGGCUACAUCUCAGCCAUCGAGCUCAAGGGCUUCCUUCAUGACCUCUUCCUCCAACACAGGAAGUCCAUCACCCCUGAGAAACUGGAGGAGUACACUGACACCAUGAUGAAGAUGUUCGACAGGAACAGGGAUGGCAGGCUGGACUUAAAUGACCUGGCCAGAAUAUUGGCCCUGAAAGAGAAUUUCUUACUGAAGUUUAAGAUGGACGCUUGCAGUCAGGACGACAGAAAGAGAGACUUUGAGAAGAUUUUCGCUCACUAUGAUGUUAGUAAGACGGGUGAGCUGGAGGGCCCUGAGGUGGAUGGAUUUGUCAAAGAUAUGAUGGAGCUGGUGAAGCCUAGCAUCAGUGGCACAGACCUCGACAAGUUCAGGAAAGCUCUGAUGGGUCACUGCGACAUCAAUGGAGACGGAAAGAUCCAGAAGAACGAGCUGGCUCUCUGCCUCGGCCUCAAACUCAGCUAACAGACCCCCACAACGUUCACACAUUUUUCUUUCUUUCCUCUAUCCUUCUUUCCAUCUUCCUUCUCUCUAUGUACAGUACAAAUGUGUGUUAAAUGUGGAGCAUUGAGUUGGGAC